AAAAUGGAGGUAGAUGAGAACGCAUCAGAGAGGUGCCGAUGGCUUAGAAUUAACUGGAAAUGGGGCACAAUUGGAAGGACAGACGUCGGUAUAUUCCUGCGCUUCAACCCAGUGGUAACGUUUCUCUCUGCCGCCAUCAUUUGGUUCUUCGUUAUCUGGUGCGCAGUGCAAGCCGAUGUAGCCAACAAAGAGAUGGGCGGUUGGAUGCUGUGGAUCACAGAGGUUUUCACGUGGAUGUAUAUUGGUACCCAAGAUGUCUGGGCAGUUUUUAUCGUUGUGCUGUACUUUUCCAAGUAUGGAAAGAUGAAACUUGGAAAACCUGACGACAAACCGGAGUUCAAUGAUCUGACGUACUUUACCAUGCUUUUCGCCGCCGGAGUCGGUAUUGGUCUCUUCUACUUCGGAGUAGGUGAGUCAUUUUGACAGCGGUUUUCUCUCACAAACAUGCGAUUAAUAUUUAACUACGAACACAGCGCAAGCUAAACACGAUGGCAUUAAGACUUUUUCUUCAUCACAAGCAGAGUGCUCACUCGCUCAGUAUAAAUUUCUGCCGCAGGUCAUUUACAAAGGGCUGUGACAAACCUCACCUAGAACCACUGGCAUAAAAAUAUUAUGAAGGAACUUACUUUAUUUCUGUUAAACUCCAGAUUUGAAAUUGUAAUGCAAAAGCCAGAAAGGUAUACAAAUAUUUAAUCAGAAACAUUGUAUAACUCUGUAACUCUGUGUAAGUUUAUAGACCUCGGGAUGCCGCAAACACCUCGUGGCCCGGUAGGCAAAUGGACCAACGAUCGACAAACUUCGCCCAAUAUCAACAUGUUUUGUUCGCAAUGACGCAGCAAAGCAAAACUGAUGCGAAUGAUUGUAUUUUACACAAACAAAAUAAGAUCUAAAGAAAGAUAUAACAGUGCUAAAGAAAUUUGGGAGAACAUUGCACAUGACAUUGAAAAAAAAGAAGUCAUUGGAAAGAUUUAGUACUAUAGUAUGCUAUUAAGGUUGGCUAAAAAAAUAUAAAGAAGUGUCGACAGUUCAUACAAGUUAGAGGCUGUUUAGCAUUCCGUGGCUAACCACCAAUAUCACUGUUUAAUCGAGUGUGCAGCAGUCGGCAGUUAAUUUCAUGGUGUCCAAAUAUUUGCAUACUUUUAGGCCGUUAGACAGAAUGUCCUAAUUCGUACAUACGAACGAGUUCACUUUAACUAUACACUACCAAAAGGAAGCAAUUCAUUUUAGUAGUCGCAGAGAAGGAAAUUAAGUCAAAGCACACCUUCAAGUUCAGGAAAUUCUACAGGUUAAACUAGGCCACAAGCUCUCAGACUGUUCAACCAGUUUGGCAACUUAUCAAUAAUUAAGGGCGGUUCAGUCAACCAUAGUCUUGCACACUGAUUUAUAAAAAUAACAUAAAAGGAAUGAAAAGACAGCGUGAUUGCUGAAAAAUAAACCGAUGUUUAGCGUGAGAGGCUGUAGAACAAUGAAGUGCGAUUUUAAAGGGGAAGGGUGCUUGUAGAAAUGGGCUAAAGUAAUUUUAUAGUUAUACCUUUCUAACACUUAAGCAUCAUCAAUGAAAUGAAUUUAAAGGAGCUGUGCAAUGAAAUUUAUGAAGUUUCAAACAGUAGGAACUGCUACCAAAUUGAGUUGAAACACAAAAAUAGCCCACUCAAAACAUUACAAUAAGGUAUAAAUAACAAGGCAAAGACAAAAGAAGGCACGGACGUAUAAAAUUGAAAAAAACGGAUUACAUGUAAAACGGAUUACGUUGUGGGUUUUGUAGAUUGUAACGUUUGAUAUAACGCUUGAGAGGUAUAUCUGUUGGACAAGCUGUGAUUUUGUCAUUUUGCAAGUAAUUUGUUCACUAAAAGUUCAAUAGCGCAUUUGGCAAAUUAAACCAAAUAAAUUCUAAAGGGCCAAUCUUUGUUACAAAAAAUAGAAUAAAAUUACCAUUAGAAAAAAAACAAAACAAAACAAAAAAAAACGGGCAGAAGAACUAAAAAAAACACAAGAACAGUGAUUCCGUUGUUUCUUCUGGCUGGCUGAUUAGCUACACAACUAAAAUAAUUCGAUAUAUUUAUUCAGCUUUAAAGGCAAGGCUAUGACACACUAUUUGUUACCUUUUUAAAAAGCUUUUCAAACGUGUCUUUGCACCAAUUGAAUUCCAAAAAUAACGGUACAGUUUUGCUAUGUAAGACCACAUUUCGAUAUUGAAACUGUUUCCUCUCGUCUGUUGCUACAGAUGGCAAGGAUGGACAUGGAUUGCUGCAAAACUCAAAAACAUUACCAUGGCUAGUACCCUUUGUUUGAUACAUGAUAAAACCUUCUUAACGGUACAAGCGCAUUUUGUGCAAGGUUUCCGUUUAAGGUAUUUAGUACUGACUAAAGCACGGAAUUGACCUAAACCAGCAAUAUCCUAAAGACAUAACCCGUUUAAAUAGGCCGAGGAACGAGACAGAGAAAACCUUCAUACUGUCACGGAUGUGCAGAAACGUUUCUGACCUAAUCCGUUGAAUAUAUUUUUCGCAAACAUUUCCCUCUGACAGGCCAAUGAUCAAAGCCACUUCCCAGAGAGCACUUAUUUCUCUCUAGUUAUCCUUCUAACCCUGACUCUCUAUCUUUUCAGCUGAACCGAUUUGGCACUAUGAACCUGGCAAAAACGGGAAUCGCUACUGGGAUAGGUAAAUAUUAACAUUCUGCAUGUAGUACGCACCAUUGAGAAUAGAGGAUAUUCUCACUCUUACCUGACUAGCCUCAGUUCCAAAAAUCCGGACUUUAUUUCAGUUUUUUUAGAGCUUCGCGGUAAUUUUUGAAAAGGACAGGUUUUCUACAAAUUUGAAGAGAUUUUUAGGGAUUCUGGACUGAAAUUUUCAAGAUUUCAUGUUUCUUUGAAACAAAAAGCCUUAGCUUUCAAAAGUUUCCUUACAAGCGAUCCUGAAGCCUUUGUCUGCAAAGUUUUGAGGCCAGCUUUUCCUGAAUCAAGCAUUCCUUGCAUCUCUGUCAAUCAGUCAAAAUUCCAAGAAUUGUCACCACAAGUUACCCGCUCUUUCAAGGGAUUUCUAGAAAAAAAUUGAAUUUUUAUCGAAUUUUUGGAAAGAUUUUUCGGCUAUUUUUCGUGAUAUUUUGAAGCUAUUAAAGUUCACUCUUCUUCACUAACUUUAAUUACCAAUUGUAAAUCUGAAGAUUAUACGCCACACACCUCAGGCCUAUCAAUCAAUCUCUAACCAUCAAACCAACUAAUUUAGUUUGUAUAUUUUCAUUCUGAUGGGGGACAGUUUGAACACUUCUUGAAACGUUUUCACCACAAAGAACCCUUCUGAGUCCACUACCAACUCUAGAAAUUCGUUUUUCUCUCUCUUUGCAUUUAAAUUCAGAUACUCCGACAAUCAGCGUGCCCAGGAUGCCAUCAACGUGACACUAUUCCACUGGGGAAUUCACGGAUGGAUUGUCUACGUAGUGGUUGGCCUCCUUCUUGCCUUUGUAGGUUACAGAAAAGGUCUUCCCAUGACCGUUCGCUCCUGCUUUUACCCUCUGAUUGGUGACAAGAUCUACGGAUGGAUGGGCGAUGCUGUAGAUAUAUUUUCUGUGGUGUGCACUAUGUUUGGCGUAUGCACUAGUCUUGGUGUUGGAGUCAUGCAAAUGAAUGGUGGCUUCAAGCGUCUAAAUCCGUCGAUUGAUUACUCGGUCAAAAACCAGAUCAUCAUCAUUUGGGCCGUGACGGCGUGUGCCACAGUUUCAGUGGUGAGCGGCUUGAAGAUUGGAAUCCGCCGACUUAGCGAGAUCUGUUUCAGCCUGGGCAUGUUCAUCAUGAUGAUUGGCAUUUUUGCUGAUAACACCUGGCAUGCAUUAAAUGUUUAUGUGCAAAGCAUCGGGUACUACAUUCAGUGGAUCAUCCAGAUUGGUUUUCACACGGAUGCAUUCGCACAAUUGGGAAAUGCACCAGACGGGAAGCAGGCUCAGCGAUGGAUGAAUGACUGGACAAUCUUCUACUGGGGAUGGUGGAUAGCCUGGUCUCCGUUUGUCGGCAUGUUCAUUGCCAAGAUCUCCAAGGGAAGAACCAUCCGACAGUUCAUCCACGGCACAAUGACAGCACCCAUAGUUUACGCCUUCCUGUGGUUUUGUAUUUUUGGAAGUGCCGGCUUGAAAAUGGAGCGAGAUGCUGCCCUUCAUAACAUCACCUGCGAGUCCAUUCUGGGAGGGGCAACUUCGACAAAGUCAUACAAUGGCCUGUACCGUUUAUCCUGCAGAGGGAAGAACGACAUGUGGUUUGAUGUCAUGGAGCAGUACGGCGACCUUGGGAGAUUCCUACAAGUGAUCUCACUCAUCAGUAUCAUUCUUUACUUCGUCACCAGUUCUGAUAGUGGUUCCCUCGUCAUCGACUGUCUGUCAGCCAAUGGCGACCCAGAGCCUCCUGUCUCGCAGCGAGUCUUCUGGGCACUGACAGAGGGCGCUACAGCAACGGCUCUUCUAAAUGCUGGGGGCGAAGAGGGACUUGUAGCACUACAGUCUAUGUCAAUUGCUUCAGGUGUUCCCUACACCAUAUUGUUGUGCAUGAUGUGUGUGGCGUUGUGGCGAGCAGUGAAGAUGGAAGCAGGUGACCUUGAUCCACAUGGCCCACAGUUCAAUACCGGUCUUUUAGAUGUCUUAAGCAGCCCAAAUAAAAGUAUGGUCGGGAAAAUCCUCUUGGCCGUUAUUGCACCAUGGUACUCAAUGGGAAAUGCUGCCUACAAACUUGGUGGUAUGAAGAAUAGUCGAUGGGUAUACUGGCUGAUAUCAGCAUUUCCCUUUUACCUAUGGAUCAUUCUGAUGACACUGGAACCCCUGGUAGAUGCCAUAUCCUACGUUGCUUGGACUGUGCUUUUCAUAUUUUUCGCCUACGGAACAUCCAUCCGGUAUAGCAUUCGCCUAAAGUACAACAUCUAUGGCAACGCAGCGGAGGAUUUCUUCGCAGUGAUGCUCUUGUACCCGUUUGCAGCCUUCCAGAUGGAACACCACAUGGAACACGACUACGAUUUAGGCAAACGCAACUACCACCCAGAGCCGCCAGUGAAUCACCACUAUGCUGUGGACGGCAAAAGGCACCUACCGGAAAAUGGAUAUGGAACGCCAACAAUAUCCAUGCACGAUCUCUCUUCGCGUGGCGGUCAUCUCAACCCUGGAGCGGAUGGUGAUAUCACCACGUCAGGAGAUUCGUACUGGAAGAAAACUGAAAUCAUUUAAGCUAAAAGCUUUAGGGCUUCUAGUUAAUUUUGGUAUCCAGAACUUAUUUACUGGCUGGGUUAAUUUUAUAAUCGAAAUUUGUUUAGGAUACAAG